AGGAGAGAGGGGCAGAGGAGAAGGGAGAGAGGGAGAGCAUGCAAGACAGGAAGGAGCGCCUUAGAGUCUCUGAAGCACGAAAGAGAUAACCGAUUAGGAAUUUUUCGGGCAACUGUCAUCCCGGAGAGCAGCCAGAGAAUCACCAUCACCCCAACUCUGACGUUUCCUACCAGAAGUUAGACUUAAGCAGUAUUGACAUCGGAGGGAAAUGGUAUGCCUGAUGCUGUGGAAAAUACCCCUGAGCUGAAGAAGUGCAACUGGAUGUUGUGUGUGUGUUAAAUACCAGAAGAGCCCAGACCCCGUGGUGAUAGAGACGAAAAUGUGAAGAGAAUGACUAACGACAAAUCUGUGAAUUUGUUCUCUGGAGUUGCUAAUUUGCCAGCCCGAAGCAACACAAUUCACAAGGAGGAAACGUUUUGCUGCUUCUGAUUUCUCCCCAAACUGGUGCUACCAGAUGCAUGGCUUUCUAUGUGUUGGAACAAAUCAUUCCUAACUGCAGCAUACCGGGAAAGGGGAAAGGUUGAGGCAACUAACUGGCUGUCUCCAAAUAAGCGAUGAGAUGUAAUGCAUCCUCCAGUCCAUGCACGCUUCCUCUUGCAAUUCGUGCAUCAUUCCUCAGUGGAAACCUUUAAACCCUAAAAUCCAGGAAAAGAAAAUAAAUACAUUAUCAUGGACCUGAGGGAUUUUUACCUGUUGGCUGCUCUGAUUGCCUGUUUAAGGCUGGAUUCCGCAAUAGCUCAAGAACUUAUUUACACUAUUAGAGAGGAAUUGCCUGAAAAUGUGCCCAUAGGAAACAUACCAAAGGAUCUGAACAUUUCUCACAUCAAUGCUGCCACAGGGACCAGUGCCAGCCUUGUCUACAGACUGGUUUCUAAAGCUGGGGAUGCCCCUUUGGUGAAAGUAUCCAGUAGCACUGGGGAAAUUUUCACAACCUCCAAUAGAAUAGACAGAGAAAAACUCUGUGCUGGAGCCUCUUAUGCUGAGGAGAACGAGUGUUUCUUUGAACUUGAGGUAGUGAUCCUCCCCAAUGAUUUUUUCAGGCUGAUCAAAAUAAAAAUAAUUGUCAAGGAUACCAAUGAUAAUGCCCCCAUGUUUCCAUCCCCUGUCAUCAAUAUUUCCAUUCCAGAAAACACUUUGAUCAACAGCCGCUUUCCAAUUCCAUCAGCAACAGAUCCUGACACAGGCUUCAAUGGUGUACAGCAUUAUGAAUUGUUAAAUGGGCAGAGUGUUUUUGGACUGGAUAUCGUGGAAACUCCGGAGGGAGAGAAGUGGCCGCAAUUGAUUGUUCAGCAAAACUUGGACAGAGAACAGAAAGAUACCUAUGUGAUGAAAAUCAAAGUAGAGGAUGGAGGCACUCCACAGAAAUCCAGCACGGCCAUACUGCAGGUCACAGUAAGUGAUGUAAAUGACAACAGGCCAGUGUUUAAAGAGGGUCAAGUGGAGGUGCAUAUUCCAGAGAAUGCUCCUGUGGGCACCUCUGUAAUUCAGCUCCAUGCCACUGAUGCAGAUAUAGGCAGCAAUGCUGAAAUCCGGUACAUUUUUGGUGCCCAGGUCGCCCCUGCAACCAAAAGGCUCUUUGCUUUAAAUAAUACUACUGGGCUGAUUACAGUUCAGAGGUCCCUAGAUCGAGAGGAGACAGCCAUUCACAAAGUGACAGUGCUGGCUAGUGAUGGCAGCUCCACUCCUGCUCGAGCAACGGUUACCAUCAAUGUCACUGAUGUAAAUGAUAACCCUCCUAACAUAGACCUCAGGUACAUUAUAAGUCCCAUCAAUGGCACAGUGUAUUUAUCUGAGAAAGAUCCUGUCAAUACAAAGAUUGCCCUAAUUACAGUUUCAGAUAAGGACACAGAUGUGAAUGGCAAAGUGAUCUGUUUUAUUGAAAGAGAGGUCCCAUUUCAUUUGAAGGCAGUAUACGAUAACCAAUAUUUGUUAGAGACCUCCUCUUUGUUGGACUAUGAGGGCACCAAAGAAUUCAGCUUUAAAAUUGUUGCCUCUGAUUCUGGGAAACCCAGUUUAAAUCAGACUGCCCUGGUAAGGGUUAAGCUUGAGGACGAAAAUGACAACCCACCAAUUUUCAACCAGCCUGUAAUUGAGCUGUCAGUUUCUGAAAACAACCGACGUGGGUUAUACUUAACAACUAUUAGUGCCACAGAUGAAGACAGUGGGAAAAAUGCGGACAUUGUUUAUCAGCUUGGACCGAAUGCCUCCUUCUUUGAUUUGGACCGAAAGACAGGAGUUUUGACAGCCUCCAGAGUCUUUGACAGAGAAGAACAGGAGCGGUUCAUUUUUACAGUAACUGCCAGGGACAAUGGAACCCCUCCCCUCCAAAGCCAAGCGGCCGUGAUAGUUACUGUUCUGGAUGAGAAUGACAAUAGCCCCAAGUUUACUCAUAAUCAUUUUCAAUUUUUUGUGUCUGAGAAUCUGCCAAAGUAUAGUACUGUGGGGGUAAUCACAGUGACAGAUGCAGAUGCUGGAGAGAAUAAAGCUGUGACUCUCUCCAUUCUAAAUGACAAUGAUAAUUUUGUGCUGGAUCCCUAUUCUGGAGUCAUAAAGUCAAAUGUCUCAUUUGAUAGAGAGCAGCAGAGUUCCUACACUUUUGAUGUCAAAGCCACUGAUGGAGGACAACCACCUCGUUCCUCCACUGCAAAAGUAACUAUCAAUGUCAUGGAUGUCAAUGACAAUAGCCCAGUUGUCAUUUCUCCACCUUCCAACACUUCUUUUAAGUUGGUACCCCUCUCAGCCAUUCCUGGCUCUGUGGUAGCAGAAGUUUUUGCAGUGGAUAUCGACACUGGGAUGAACGCCGAACUGAAGUAUACAAUUGUGAGUGGGAACAACAAAGGCUUGUUUCGGAUCGAUCCAGUAACAGGUAACAUCACUCUGGAAGAGAAGCCAGCGCCUACUGAUGUGGGCUUGCACCGUUUGGUGGUCAAUAUAAGUGACCUGGGAUACCCUAAGUCUUUGCACACACUCGUGCUUGUUUUUCUUUACGUUAAUGACACCGCUGGGAAUGCCUCCUAUAUCUAUGACUUGAUUCGCAGGACUAUGGAGACCCCACUGGAUAGGAACAUAGGGGACAGUAGCCAACCCUAUCAAAAUGAGGACUAUCUCACCAUCAUGAUUGCCAUCGUCGCAGGGGCCAUGGUGGUCAUAGUGGUGAUCUUCGUCACCGUCCUGGUGCGAUGUCGCCAUGCAUCGAGGUUCAAAGCAGCUCAGAGGAGCAAGCAAGGUGCUGAGUGGAUGUCCCCAAACCAGGAGAACAAACAAAACAAGAAAAAGAAAAGGAAGAAAAGAAAGUCUCCCAAGAGCUCUCUUUUGAACUUUGUUACAAUUGAAGAGUCCAAACCUGACGAUACAGUUCACGAACCUAUCAAUGGGACAAUAAGCCUGCCCGCUGAGCUGGAGGAGCAAAGUAUAGGAAGAUUUGACUGGGGCCCAGCCCCUCCAACAACCUUCAAGCCUAACAGCCCUGACCUGGCCAAGCACUACAAAUCUGCUUCUCCACAGCCUGCUUUUCAUCUUAAACCAGACACUCCGGUUUCCGUGAAAAAGCAUCAUGUGAUUCAGGAACUCCCUUUGGACAACACCUUUGUCGGGGGUUGUGACACCCUCUCCAAACGCUCUUCCACUAGUUCAGAUCACUUCAGUGCCUCAGAGUGCAGUUCCCAAGGAGGCUUCAAGACAAAGGGCCCCUUACACACCAGACAGUGUAACUCACACAGCAAAAGUGACAAUAUUCCUGUCACUCCUCAGAAAUGUCCCAGCUCUGCGGGUUUCCACAUUCAGGAGAAUGAAGAAAGCCAUUACGAGCCACAGGACGAGUUCUACGACCAGGCCUCUCCGGACAAGAGGACCGAAGCAGAUGGCAACUCCGACCCCAACUCUGAUGGGCCUUUGGGUCCCCGAGGAUUAGCUGAAGCCACAGAGAUGUGCACUCAAGAGUGCUUGGUUUUGGGUCACUCUGAUAAUUGCUGGAUGCCUCCUGGCUUGGGCCCAUAUCAACACCCUAAAUCUCCUCUCUCAACCUUUGCACCCCAGAAAGAAUGGGUCAAGAAGGACAAGCUUGUGAAUGGGCACACCCUUACCAGAGCCUGGAAAGAAGAUAGCAACAGGAACCAGUUCAAUGACCGUAAGCAGUAUGGCUCCAAUGAAGGCCAUUUCAACAAUGGCAGCCACAUGACAGACAUUCCUCUGGCAAAUCUGAAGUCUUAUAAGCAAGCAGGAGGUACUAUUGAGAGUCCGAAGGAGCACCAACUCUAAAAAAAAAAAAAAAAAAGGCUAUAUGGGACCUAAUAACUUUAAUCUAAAUAGACAUGCUAAUACUGUGUGUGUCAGAGCUUUAUGUAUUCAAUAGAUCUCUAUAACUAUGCCCCUUUAUAGCAGGGAUAUCCAUAACUUUGUGUUAGCACCAUGGAGGAUACAAUAUUUUACAACAUAAAAAAGAAGAUAGUUCUACUAGCCAUGUGAUCUUGUUUACUAGAAUUGAUUAAACUCUCCAGAGAUGAUCACUCCAUUGUGCAAAUAUCUUUUUUCUUUUUUUUUUCUUUUCUUUCUUUCUUUCUUUUUUUUUUUUUUUUUUUUUUUUUUUUUUUUUUUUUUUGUUAAUUGCAUUUUACUUUUGACCCUGGACUGCUGCUAUGAACAAUAGAAUAUGCAUUUGGAGAGUAAGAAAGUUCCAUGGAUUAGAGUGACUGACAAACAUAUCCAGUUAGAAAAUUGUGCUCUUUUUGUCAUUGAUUUGUGCUGGGACUGCUAUACUUGACAUUAUACUUCAAACGAAACUUAAAAAGAUUAAGCAUUAAACCUAUUGUGCUGUUAACAACGUUAGUGGAUACUUGUAAGUCAAUCAGUGUUAAAGUAUUUGUAAAUAGAAGCAAGUUAUUAUUAACAACUUUUGUGUACUUACAACGUUCACCUAAAAAAUGUUGUAGCAUAAUUCCGUGUUUUAUGGUUGCUUCUUUCCUUUUUCUUAAUUUGCCUCUUUGUCGUUAUUUUUGUUGUUUCUUUCAGUGAGGUGUUUCUGCGUUAGUAGUCUGUCUUGACACACAUUGUUCAAAGGAUCUCAAACGCUUGUGUUUAAAAAAAGGUUCUGGAAUCCUGCUUCUUUCGUGAUUGCUUAUGAUGCUGGGAUUCUAUAAAAAAUAAAGAUAAAAUGAAAACCUUAUAUAAGAACAGGACUUCUGCAAAAGCUUGGAAACUCAGAACCUAUUUUCUUGACAUCCUUGUUUUCAAAGUAGGCAAAAGCAAAAUCACUUAAUCAGUAGCAUUAAGUGUGAGAGUGAUGGGAAAGUGUUAUCCUUCAGCAAGUAAUACAAUAUCCUGUGCUUGUCACUCAUACAAAACUAAUGUAUCAAAAUUAGCAUAUAUUGAAGAAAAAUUACUAUUCAAAAAUAGUUUCAACCGGGCAAGUGUGUGUCUACAACUUUGUUGAAAUGGCAGAGUUUGUGUUGAUCCUCAUAUACAAUAAUGUUGUUGUAACACAAGUGUUAGACCAUAGCCACAAAAUAUUUAAUGUGUUGUGCCUUCAUGAUGUAACAGAACAUUCUCCAGGUAGGCUAGUUGGGGGAAAUAAAGGGAUAAAUCUCUAAUUAUUGCUGUUUAACUGUUUGUUAUCAUAGUCGGUCAAUGCCUGGCAGGUACCAGCAUCUUGUCACUUAGGUCCAACCAACAGAGUGGCAACAAAUGUUCAUAAGAUCUCAGUUGCACGUGCAAACAAAUCCAAAUUCGAACAUUCUUAGGAGGUUUUUGUUAAGGCAUGACAGAUGAUUUAAACAAAUAAAUAGCAUGCAACAAAAUGUCUUUAUUGAAAGAAGUGAAAGUUAUCUUAAUGCCACGGUUCAACAUCAGUUUAAAAGUAAAAAAAAAAUAAAAUAAAAAAUAAAAAAAAAGGUUUGCUAAUCUGAUAGUUAAUUUGUUCUUACCAAAAAUAAAAUUACUUUGUAAAUAGCAAUUCACGUUUUUCCACAGUAUAAUGGAAAAUAAUGGGUAGGGGUGCAUUGCUUAUUGAAGUACAUUUUUGUCGGUUUGUGAGGGGUGUUUGAUGACUUUGACAGAAUCAAUAUCUAAACAAUUAUCCUUGUUACUGCUUUGCCAGUUCUACGUUAUUUACAAUUA